AUGGAAGGAAAUAUGAAGGUUUGUGUUGUGGUGGCGACAUGGUUGUGCUGGACUAUGAUAUUUGGAUUGGCUAGGGUUAUUCACCCAUCAGCAAUCCAUAACUGCACAGUCACAGUCGAUGAAAUUCCCUCUGUGAGCUUUACUAUUACUCGCAUCCCCGGUGACGAUACCGCUGGCUACAAGCAGUUUAUGGUAGAUCUUCGAGAGAAAUUGGCUUCCGGUACUACUAGCCAUGGAGUACCAGUGUUACGCUCCACAGCUUCAAGAGAAGCCAAAUAUCUUCUAGUCAAUAUUAUAAAUUCAGGGAAUAAGGAAAUCACAUUAGGAUUGAAUGUUAUUAGCGCAUAUAUUUUGUCCUAUAAGGUGGGAUAUAAUUCCUAUUUCUUUAAAGACAAAGCUGAACUGAAGGAUGCGCAAAAAUACCUUUUCACAGACACAAGGCAAACCACACUCGACAAAUUUUCUGGUAACUAUGACUCUUUCAAAGCUGAAGGAGGAGAUCGAGAAACAACCGAUUUAGGAAUCGGGCAAUUAGACUCUCAUAUUUAUACACUUCAUAAAUCGACAUUGCCAAAAGAUAUCGCUAAACCUCUUGUUUGUAUUAUUCAAAUGGUUUCAGAAGCGACCCGAUACAAAUAUAUUGAGAAUAAGAUAAUAGAUAAGAUUAGUGGAAGUUUUAGGCCGAAGCUUGACACAAUCACUCGUGAGAACAAAUGGGAAGACCUUUCUGAUGGAAUUGAAAAUGCUGAUGCGAAGGGAAAUUUUAAAACAGAAGUUAGAUUGCAGAAGGAAGAUGGUAAGGAGGAUAUUAUAUCCAGCGUUAAUCAAAUAAUAGGUGAUAUGGGAAUUUUGCUGUAUCAAAAGAAGAAGAGCUACAAUCCAAGCUUUGGACAAACAACAUUUGGAAACCUUAUCACAACAAAAUCAAAUUGCUGCCUCGACUUUGAUUAA